AUGCAAAAACAGUAAGCUCUUGCUGUUGUUCGUAUUCCUUCUGGGAUUACGAAAUAGCCAUUUAAAUCAACUAGCAUCACUAACUAAGCACCUCUUCAAAGAGUCAACUCUGCAGGAUUUAUGAAUGCAAGCAGACAAUCUUAUCAAUAUUAGAAACCUGCUACACCAUUCUACUAAACCCAUAAUUAUAGGUAGGAUUGGAAAAAUUAUAUACACUCAUUCCCUCGAGUACCAAGAAUCAAAAUUUUGGCUCCAGGUACUGGUUAUGAUGCAAAAAUGAUUAAAUGA